UUAUUGCAUUUAUUUCUUUGCAAUAUGGUUCUUAAUAUAUAUAUAUAUAUUUAAAAUUGAUUUUAGAGAGAGAGGAAGGGAGAGGAAGAGAGAAAGAGGGAGAGAAAAACAUUGAUGUGAGAGAAACAUCAAUCUGUUGCCUUCUGAAUACACCAUGGGCUUGUGUCCCAACUGGAAAUCAAACUGCUGACCUUUCUGUGUAUGGGACGACACUCAACCACGUGAGCCACACCGGCAAGGGCUCAAUAUAACGCUUCUUAAAUCUAGCUUCGACUUGAUGUUAUAUAUCUUUAAUAGUAUGUAAAAGUGAAUGCAUAUCCAUGUGGAACUUGAACUUCUACUUACUAUCAUCAACCUAUGGCUAAGUCACUGGUUAUUAGGGAUAAAAGCAAGUGACAUGUUUUUCAUUAAUUUAGACACACAGACUUGGCUAAAGACACAGUUUAAUGAACAGUCUACUUCUCUCUUUUGGCUAGGAUAGCCUCAGUGGAGAACUGUCAUUUGAAAGCUGAGCGUAUCAGAUGGUUGACAGUAUGUGGGAUGUGUACCUUACACAGGACCUGUCAUCUGAGAAGAAAGGCUUCAGAAUGGGAGGAGUAAAGGACAAAGACUCAUGGUGAGAGAUCCUGGCAUUCACAGAGAAGCAGUGAAGACGUCCGUUCAAGAAUCCGGAGCAUUUCUGCCUCGGCCCCUCCCGGAGGACCAAUACAGGAUGCAGAGCAAGCCCUUGGGAAUCUGCCUGAUCCUGGAUUGCAUCGGCAAUGACACAGACGCUCUUCGGGAGACCUUCACUGCCCUGGGCUUUGAAGUCCGGAGUUUCUCACUUCUGACUAUGGAGGAUAUGAUUCAUCAUCUUUGCCAAGUUGCCUAUAGGACUCGCCACCAGGACAAGGACAGCUUUGUGUGCGUCCUGGUGAGCCGCGGGGGCUCGCAGAGCCUGUUUGGCGUGGAUCAGACUCACGCGGGGCUGCCUUUGGAUCAGAUCAGGAGGAUGUUCAGGGGAGAUGCAUGCCCUUCUCUCUUGGGAAAGCCAAAGGUCUUUUUCAUUCAGAACUACGAGACGUCAGAGGGUCACCUGGAAGACAGCAGCCUCCCAGAGGUCGACGGGCCAGCAGCGAGCAGCAUGGAUGCCAAGGCCUGGCCGCCUGAGCCCAGCACGGUUCACCCGGAAGCCGACUUCUUCUGGAGCCUGUGCAAGGCAGAUGUGUCGCUGCUGGAGCGGUGCCCCACCUCGUCGUCCCGGUACCUACAGUGCCUCUCCCAGAAGCUGCAGCAGGAGAGGCGGCCACUUGUGGAUCUCCACCUUGAACUGAACAGCAGUGUGCAUGACUGGAACCUCGGAGUACCUGAUAAGGAGAAGUACCACGUCUCGCUGCAGCAUACGCUGAGAAAGAAACUCUUCCUCUCUUGCAAAUGAAAAGCCAAAGACUGAAGAAUUUAAGAUGAAGGAACCAAGAUGGCGGCAUAGUUAAACAACUAAUCUGCUGCCUCACACAACAAUUUCAAAAACACAACUAAAAGACAAAAACGUCUACCACCCAGAACCACGGGAAAGCUGGCAGAGUGGAAGACUGACAACUAAGAACAGAAAGGAGCACAAUCGCUGAAAAGCUGAGGUACAGAGGCACGCGAAUCGGGCUGGCGGCGGGCAGCUGGGUGUGCGGCUUUUCUUCAACCCGCAGGGAGACAAGCUCCCGAUCACUCUGAAAUCCAGUUUCUGGGGACACUCGGGGGACCCAGACACCUAUGGGGAGAAGCUGGACUCUCGGCCAUCGGGUCGGAAAGUGAGAGUGACUUUUUUGCAGAGGUGCACCCAGCAAUCAUUGUUUACUGCGUUGGAGUGUGGGGCGCAGGGACUUGGAAACGGGAAAGGCAGAGACGGCUGACGCCAGCCAUUGCCGUUGGCCACGCCCCAGCCUAGUGACGCCCUGAGACCCCGCCCCGCCCUGAGGCCCCGCCCCGCACAUUCUACAAACCCGCCCAGGCUCCUCACAGCGGCUUUUGCAUAUAAAUGGCCUGUUCUGUGGCAGCUUAACCAACUGCAGCUCCAGACUGCUCCAAAACCGCCCAAGCAAAGGAGGAGAAAACUAGCCCUUGCUGUAGCUCCUGCUGGGGAACACACAGUACACAAGGGUACACCAAGAGUGUCCACCUCAAGUAACUGGGAGGCUGACCCGUUGAACCUAUAGGACACCUAGUACACAACACUACCCUACCAACUCAGGGAAGCAGAGAAUAUGAGAAGGCAAGGAAACAGAUCACAAACCAAAGAAAUGGAGGAGAUCAAGCGACUGGACAUAGAGUUCAAAACCACAGUUAUAAGGUUUUUCAAGAAUUUCAUGGAAAAGGCCGAUAAAUUCAAUGAGACCCUUGAGGAUAUGAAAAAGGACCAACUAGAAAUUAAACAUACACUGACUGAGAUAAAAAAUAUUAUACAGAGACCCAACAGCAGACUAGAGGAACGCAAGAAUCAACUCAAAGAUUUGGAAUACAAAGAGGCCAAGGACACUCCUCCAGAGAAGCAUGAAGAGAAGAGAAUUCAGAAAGUUGAAGAUAGUGUAAGAAGCCUCUGGGACAACUUCAAGCGAACCAACAUCAGAAUUAUGGGGGUACCAGAAGAAGAGAGAGAGCAAGAUGCUG